CGGAAAGAUAGACGCGUGUUAAAAUUGCGAGCGUGUGUUUUAUUUAGAGAGCACAUGCACCGCAUGUGCCGAAUUAUUAAUUUAAUAAUUACUUUUGUUAUUAACUAUUAGUAGUUAUCAAUGUGAUUAACUAUUUAUAUAAAAUAUUAUUAUAUAUUUUAUUAAUUUAAAUAAUUAAUUGUUAUUUAAUUACUUCGUCAACUGCAGUUCCAACGAUGAGUCGCCUAUACGUCUUGUACGAGCACGCAGCAGGCUACGCGCUCUUCUCCGUCUCCGAGUUCGAAGAAGUAGGAAUGCUGCUUCCCCAAGUGGAAGCCUCAGUGACAGACCUCUCCCGCUUCAACUCAAUCGUAAAACUCAUAAACUUCACGCCCUUUAAAUCAGCCUUGACCGCCCUCGAGUCAAUCAACGCCAUCUCCGAAGGACUUCUUCCCGAAGAUUUGAAACUUUUCCUCGACACCGCAUUGCCGCCGAAAAUUUCAUCAAAAAUAACCCUGGGAACCGCGGACCCAAAGCUGAGCGCUUCCAUAACCGAGGCAUUGUCCAUAAAAUGCGACCACACCGGCGCGAUUCCUGAGAUAAUCCGCGGAAUUCGUUUCCACUUUUCCCGCCUCGUCAAAGGUCUCACCCCCCAGAGUACCGGCGUCGCGCAACUGGGUCUCGGUCACUCGUACUCCCGUGCGAAGGUAAAGUUCAAUGUCAACCGGGUCGACAACAUGAUCAUCCAAAGUAUCGCUCUCCUGGACCAACUGGACAAGGACGUGAACACUUUCAGUAUGCGGAUUCGCGAAUGGUACUCGUACCAUUUCCCAGAAUUGAUUAAAAUCGUACCCGAGAGUUACAUGUACGCACGCGUCACUAAAUUCGUAAAGAACCGGAAGCUAUUGAGCGACGACAAACUUCCGGAACUCGAAGAAAUCGUGAUGGACAGCGCGAAAGCACAAGCGAUAAUCGACGCGUCUAAAUCCUCAAUGGGAAUGGACAUUUCCCCAAUCGAUUUGAUAAACAUCGAGAUGUUCGCCAGUCGCGUAAUAGCACUCGCUGAUUACCGCAAGCAAUUGGCUGAGUAUUUGCGCACGAAAAUGGCCAGCGUCGCUCCGAAUCUGGCGACGCUCAUUGGCGACCAAGUCGGGGCCCGACUUAUUGCGCAUGCGGGCUCGCUCACUAAUUUGGCGAAAUAUCCGGCCUCGACUGUCCAGAUUUUGGGGGCUGAGAAGGCGCUCUUUAGAGCUUUGAAGACUAAGGGAAAUACUCCCAAGUAUGGGCUGCUGUUCCACUCGACUUUCAUUGGCAGGGCGGGGGCUAAAAACAAGGGGAGAAUUUCGAGAUAUUUGGCCAAUAAAUGCAGCAUUGCUUCGAGAAUCGAUUGUUUCACUGACACGCCAUCUAGUAUUUUUGGAGAGAAGUUGAGGCAGCAGGUGGAGGACAGGCUCAAGUUUUACGAAACUGGGGACGUGCCGAAGAAAAAUAUUGAGGUUAUGAAGGAAGCGCUCGCUGAGGCGGCGAUUAAUUUUGAGGAGGCGAUUAAUGGGGAGGGGGUUGAGGGAGAGGUGGAGGGGAAGAAGAAGAAGAAGAAGGGAAAGAAAAGGAAAGCUGAUGAGCCUGAGCCGGAACCUGAGGAAAAUGUCAAUGGGGCCAAUGGAGGGGAGAAUGGGGAAAAUGGAGAAGUUAAGAAGAAGAAAAAGAAGAAGAAGAAGAGCGAAGCUGAGUAGGGUCGUUUAUUUUUUUGGGAAUAGAUAUAUGUUGUUGGUACUCGUUUGAGAGGAAAUUUGAUUUUAGAUCUUUUUUUAUUCUUUGGAAAUUUUCGUGGGAUCGAUUUUUUGGAAGUUACGAUUUGGAAUCAAAUUUUUUUUUUUUUAGAUUUUGAAAUAUUAAUGUGAGGAAAGUUUUCAGAAGAUUGAGAGAAAUUUGAUUUUACGUAUGUCAAAAAUUUUUUUGAUUUUGAGUUUGGAUAUUUUGAAAAUUUGGAGAUAAGUAGGGGUUGUUGGUACUCGUUUGAAAGGAAAUUUGAUUUCCAACAAUUUUUUACUGAGAUAAAAAAACGGUAGGAUUGAUUCCUUAGAAGAUAUAAUUGAUUAAUUGAUUUAAUGAAUUUUGAAAAAUGAGUGGUAGUUAGUAUCUUCUAAAGUAUUGGGUUUAGGAAAUUUUUCAAAGAGACAAAAGUUGUAGAGAAUUAAAUUUCCGGUGGAAAGAGUACCAACAACGUGUACUUAACUUUAAGAAUUAUAAACUUGUAGUAAUUAUUAUUUUAAUUAAUUAUAAUUUGGGAGAGGAUGAAAAUAAAAAUUUUAUGGAUUAUUUUAUACCAGCACCAAAUGAGCAUUUAAUUAAUAAUAAUUAAAAUAUAUAUGUAUAAACAAUUGACAUAAACAUUUUCUUUUUUUUGUAUAAUAAUCAUAAUAAUAAACAAAAAAAAACGGCAAAAAAAUUUAUUAUAAAU